AUGAAAGCAAUGUGGAUCUAUACACCAGCUACACUUCGUCUUGAAGCGCACAAGUAUACCAAGCUCAUUUCAGGCGUCUACAUAACGGACGGGCAAACCAAGGAGUAUGUCAUUUCGCUCUGUGGAGACUUUUUGAAAUCUCGUACACCGGAGAGCCUUUUGAGCGUGGCUGUUUCUUCAAGCGUAAGCAAUGCUUCAAUUAUCUGGGAAAAUGUUGAGGUUUCCUCUCAAGUUAAUCUGCCAGGUGUUGCCGCAUUUUUAAAACCACUACGAAGUGACUUCGAUGUCGUUCCAGACGCCACGCAAGUUCUGACGGUAUUCACAUUUCCUGCGUCUGCCAUUGAGCGUCGUAAGGCCAAUGCACGGGAGUUCGCUUGCAUCACAGAUUGUAGCGUGUUCAAUCACCGUCGUGUGCGAAUUCAGAGUAGCCCAUUCUCUGAUGUCAAUGCUGCCCUUUUCAUGGGUUAUGUUACUGAGGGUGUUGUUAGCUACGUCGGUUCAGAAGAAAUAAAUGGUAAACAGGUGGCCCAUACUGUUUUGGUGGAUUCGCGGUAUCUUGAUGGCAUGGAAGGCGGGAUUGUCUGCACAGAGGUUGCAGGUCGUCGUCUUGGGCCUUCCUUGGGAUUGGUUGCGGGACGUUUGCAGAAACGCAAUGGUGAAGGCUCCCUCACUCUAGUGAUCCCAUGGUCAGAAAUUAUUCCUGCCGUUCACCAGGCGGGCAAUGUCGUCUCAGAUGUAUUCAAGAGUCUACAGGAUGCUGCUGCUGCUGGUGAUGGACCACGUCCCUUUGGUGAAGUGUCUAGAAACCGUUAUAGCGGUGUCGUUGUUGUCCAAUCUAGAAUUAAAGGCGGUCGUAAAGUUUGGGGGUCCGGCGUAAUUGUAGGACCUGAUCUUGUUGUAACAAACAAGCAUGUUGUAAAAGACUAUCUGGGGAUAGAAAUCUGGCUUGAAAAGUACACACGUCGUCACGUCAUGGCAGUUUCAGAACCACUUGAAGGUGUUGAUUUGGUCUUCUUACGUCUUACGAAAAAUCUACCUGGAAAGUACAAGCCCGUCCCCUUAUCUUUGACUGCUAAACCUGGAUCUCAAGUUUAUUCUGUUGGCUACGGUCUUUUUUACCCUCAGAAGCUUGGUCCUGCUCUGCAACCCCUAUACUCACAAGGAGUCAUAGCAAAUGAGGGUAAAGCUCAACUUCUUGCUGGCAAAGAUGAACACGGUUCCUCAAUGCUAGUGUCCACGGCUGCUUGUUGGAACGGUUCUAGUGGGGGUGCCUUGUUCAACGAAGAACAUCAGCUUGUAGGUAUCAUGGCCUCAAAUGCGCGCGACGAGUCUACUGGGAAGAUUAUGCAGGACAUGUCAUUCGUUAUCCCCUCUGCCGUGAUUCAAAAAGCACUUGAUCUUUUUAACUCUGCCGGCAAAGAUGCUAGCUCAGCUCAGUUCCAAGAUCUCUGGAAAUUAAAACCUACACACUUCGACACCCGGCACCGCUUUGAAAAACGCAUCAAGUCGAAACUUUAA